UGUUGUGAGAUGUAUUACUACCCCUGGUUAAGGCCAUAGGCAUGCUGAGUGACCCCUUAUCCCUAUACACCCCACUGGGGGAGAUAUGGAAAAGUGCUGCGGGUCAUUGAUUGAGCUGUACCGUAGAGUUAUCCCGUCCUGCUGGCAUCAGGAGGACAACGGACGAGAGAGUCACUUGGAAGCAGAAUCCCUUCCUGAGACAGAAGCUGACGCAGAAGAGGAAGAAGCCAUGAAAUCCGCGACCAGAGAAAUGGCAAGUCCCUGCCGGAAAACGCAUACGGUGGUGCAGAGCACCCCGCUGGACCUGAUAGAUACAGGCAAGGGGCUGAAGGUGCAGACGGAGAAACCCCAUCUUGUGAGCCUCGGGAGCGGGAGGCUGAGCACCGCCAUCACCCUGCUGCCUCUGGAGGAAGGGAGGACCAUUUUGGGUCAUGCAUCCAAGGAUAUUUACUUAAGGGGUCCUGGUAUUGCUGCUGAGCACUGCUUUAUUGAGAAUAUCCGUGGCACUCUCACCCUUCAUCCAUGCGGGAAUCCCUGUGCUAUUGAUGGACUUCCAAUAACUCAACCUACCCGUCUGACACAAGGUUGUAUGAUCUGCUUGGGCCAGUCUACGUUUUUGCGAUUUAAUCACCCGGCUGAGGCUCUCUGGAUGAAAACCAUGAUUCCUGCCGCAGGGAGGAGCUCCUCGACGAGCCUGCAUUCUGCAGCAAAUUCCACCUCCCUCCUGAACGGUUGUCACGACGGUGGAUACCAGUCCAGCGUGCCUUCACAUACUUCGUUGGUGAGCUCUAUUGAGAAGAACCUUCAGGACAUCAUGGACUCCUUGGUUCUGGAAAGGCCCACUUCACCGGUCAGGAAACUGUCCCAGUCAUCUACUCACAGUCUCUCCUGUUUAUCUAAUGGUGGAAGCCGACGCAUGCUUUCACCACCUACCAGUCCCUUUUCCUCCAACUCUGGGUAUGAAAACGCUUUUACCUCUCCGUUGUCUUCUCCUGGAAGCGGAAGCCUCACCAGCCCUUCUUCUGGUCACGAUGGUGGAACUUCAGGAAUGCCACCAGUGGUGCCCCACAGAACAUCGAGUUUUAGUCACACUCUGCCUCGUCCAACGCCAAUUUAUGGAGGGAGCAGUUUAGAUCUACGUUCCUCACGGGGAACAGGUGGAAGCUUGCUUUUAAGUCCUCCAAGUCCAGGAGCAUCUACCCGAAUGGGGGGUUUAAGUGUUCCAAGCAGUCCUCUUCUGGGAAGCAAAUUUCAACAUUCAAUUAUAGAUCGACCUUCGAGCCCCUACAGGCAGCUGGUGGGGGUAGCAAGAAGUCUGCCUCCAGAGAGUCCUAGACUUGCACGGAAAAACCCAGAGAGUAUGAGGAAUCUUCCUCCGCCGAGUCCUUCUUUAUCACGAAGAGCAAUAUCGGGUUCAUCAAAUACUGUCUCAGAGGGUCCAUCAAGAGUCCCGGAGAGCCCCCGAGCUCCUGGACGCCGCAGAGUGGGCAGUGCAAGUUCUCCUGGUUCUGAAGACAACUUCUCCAGGCCGAUACGGGAUCGCAGCCCCUCACCCUCCUCUUUCCAGGAAAUUUCCCGACGAUUAACCCCAGCCUAUAGCUAUGGGUCCCUGGUCUCUCCAAAUCAGAGUCCAAAGUCUCAGAGGAAGGUGUAUCCUCUCAGAGAACGUAAAAAUAGCAUCAGUGACAUCAGCGACAAUCAGGAAGAUUUACUGGAUUACCACCGGAGACAACGGGAAGAGCGGCUAAGAGAGCAAGAAAUGGAGCGGCUGGAGCGGCAGAGACUGGAAACCAUUUUGAAUCUAUGCGCCGAGUACAGUAAAACGGAUGAUUCGAGCAGCUCGGCGCGGCUAGAUGAACUACGGGCGUUCCCUUCUCUUGGCUCUAAACUAGAUGACCCAUUAUCCUUUGAUACGAGGAGACCAUCCUGGGACGGUACUAAGGAUCGCAGACAUGAAAACAGCGGCAACCAAAAUAAAGCGCAACAAGAACUUCAAGAAGAAGAAACCCAGAAGGAGGAAAAUAGCAGCACAGAGAGCACCCAGCAUGAGCAGGAAGAUGGCGUAUCGCCCGGCGAUGUCGCUGGUGAAUUGCUCGUCUUGGAGGAACAGCGCAGGAUGACGUUGAGUCGCGUCGAUCAGCUGAAGAACCGAGUGACGGAACUAGAGAGACAGUUACAGGAAAGCGCACAAGAGGCAGAGGUGGAGCGUGCGCUGCUGCAAGGGGAGCGAGAGGCCGAGAUGUCUCAGCUGCAGCAGGAGCAGAGGAUGGUGCAGCAGCUUCAGGACAGCCUAAACACCCUGGAAAGUAACAUCCAAAAGGAGAAAGAAAAGGUUCGGGAGAAGCUGGAGCAGCAAAGGAUGGAAAUGCAGAGCGUUCAGCUUUCUCACCACGACCUCCAGAGACAACUCCAUAAUUGCCCCGAAGCUCUAAGGGAGCAAGUGCAGUGCCAGCUCACACGGGAAUCGGAGCACCUCGAGACGCAGAUGAAGCUGUUUGAAGAUCUUGAGUUCCAGCAGCUGGAGAAGGAGAGUCGCCUGGAAGAAGAGAGAGAGACGAUGAGCCAGCAGCUGUUAAAGAAUAAGGGAGACUGCCAAAGAAGUAUUGCUCACAGAAAGGAACGUCUGGCUGCGUUGGAGCAUCAGGCCAACCAGAUCCGCCUCCAGGCUGCGCAAGACGCUGAACACCUUGGUCAGGAAAGAAGUGCCGCGUUACUGCAGCUACACAAGGAAAAGGAAAAGUUGGUUCAGUUGGAGAGAAGACACCAAACAUUGUCAGGACGACGGGGUUUCUUAACUGGAUCAUCUGCUCUACGUGAGUACAUCACUUUAGAUCAGCUUCACGAUAUACUCGGAAACCUGACUCCGAACCCUGCCGUUCCUCCUGCUGUCCACUUUGGUGCUAAACCAGCCUCCAGUGCCCCCUCCUGUGACGACCCCUCUCCUGUUCAUCUCUCCUCUUCAUCCUCCUCCUCCUCUUCUCCCUCCAUCUCCACGGAGGUGGAGUGCAUUCUCUCUUCUUAUGAGGUUUCCCCAGCAGCACCUGACUCGGAAGAGCGGCCCCAGAAAAUCGCUUCUGAUCCUUCUAGCAUUCCUCAUCCUUCCCCUCCUCCCCUUCCUGCUAAAUCUCACACUUCUCGUAAAUUCCAGCAGAUGUCUCGAUCUCGAACAGAAAUCGAUGGCGGUGCUACCCUUCCGCGGAUGAAAACGGUUUCCCCAUCUUCCUCCCAGUUCUCCAUCGCCACCCUUGGCCGCAGCGUUUCUCCUAAGAAUACAAUUUUGACACAGAAUGGCUCAGGCAGCCUUUGCCACGGGUUGGCAGUCACACUGCAGGACAUCCAGAGCAAGCGACAACUAGCCCUUCAACAAAAAGCCGAUGACAUGAACGUAGAGAAGCCUUUCCUGUCUGAAGUCACAGGGCAGCAAGUGAUAGAUGAACAGCGCAAACGUCUCGCCGAGCUGAAGCAGAAAGCCGUGGUUGAGGCUCAGUCCCAAUGGCAGUCUCUCCAUGGAACAACUUCUCAAGGCUACCUCCCCAUCAUGCACCACUCCAUCCUGCACCAUCAAAGACCUCUGCACCCCCGUGAAGACGAUCCUUCACAUGGAUAUGACACGCUGAGCCUGGAGAGCUCGGAUAGCCUGGACACCAGUGUCUCCACGGGAAAUUCCGCCUGCUCACCGGAUAACAUGUCAAGUGCCAGUGGACUAGACAUGCUGAAGAUAGAGGAAAUGGAGAGGAUGCUUCUUGAGGCUCAUGCCGAGAGGGCGAGACUUGUAGAGUCCAGGGAGCGUGAAGUUGAAGCGCGCAAAAGAGCCCUGGAUGAUGAACGGAGACGAAGGAAAGAAUUGGAAAAACGUCUCCAGGAUGAAACGUCUCACAGGCAAAGACUGGUCGACAAGGAGGUCAAAAUGAGAGAGAAACACUUCUCACAGGCCCGACCCCUCACUCGUUACCUCCCGAUUCGAAAAGAAGAUUUUGACCUGCGCAUUCACAUUGAGUCUUCAGGCCACGUCGUGGAUGCUUGUUCUCACAUCAUUCUGACUGAGAAAAUGUGCCGAGGAUUUCUCACCAAGAUGGGCGGCAAAAUCAAGUCCUGGAAGAAGCGCUGGUUUGUGUUUGAUCGCCUGAAGCGCACGCUGUCCUAUUAUGUCGACAAGCAUGAAGCUAAGCUGAAGGGGGUCAUCUACUUCCAGGCUAUAGAAGAGGUGUAUUACGACCACCUUAGAAGUGCCGCCAAGAAAAGAAUUUUUAACCUCAGUCUGGCCUCUCAGAUAUCCGAUUUUCUCUCUGUUCCCUUGUUGAAGGAGAGUCCAAACCCAGCUCUGACCUUCUGCGUCAAAACUCACGACCGACUGUAUUAUAUGGUGGCCCCUUCACCCGAGGCCAUGCGGAUCUGGAUGGAUGUCAUCGUGACGGGCGCCGAGGGGUACACCCAGUUCAUGAACUAAUGCAGAGAACGGCGCUCGUUACUGUUCUGCUCCUCAGGAACCACAAUAGAAUUGAGAAAAAACAAACAAAUCUAAGAUUGCCAUGUAUUUUAUUGUUCUAUGGACGCUAUGUAAUCGGACGGUUUCCUUUUUUAUUGGUUUGUACAAAGUAUUAUCCACGUGGUCACACGGGAGGUUGUCGUCUCCAGGCAUCUAUAGCUUGCCCCUUGGAGGAAGCGGUCCCUAAAUAUCCAUUAGAUGGGUAGUACUAGGACAGUGGUGUGCGUGCAUGUAUAUAGAAGGCCUCAUGAAGAUCCAGAUAUGGCAGAGACUUGAUGGCACUACGUACGUGUUACCCUUGUGGAUCCUGGAUGUGUUGAUUUCCUUACAAUGAAGUGAUUUUUUAUUUUUUUUUCCUCUUUGAUCCGUGUCAUUGUGAAGUAGGAGAAAUCUAUCCCAACGUCAUAUGGAAGCCAAGAACUGUUCUUCAUCACUUGUAUGUGCCAGAAUGUGCCAAGGAGAAAAAGAGCCGGCCAGAGAACGAGAUCUUGUACCGACGCUUUCCUCUGUACUCAGGCCGCCUUUACGUACUGUUAACAUUCUACUCGUUUUAGCUCCCCCCCCCCCCCCCCUCUCCCCCUGAUUCUUAAUAUGCGUCUAUAAGCAGUGCACCGAUAUGAUGAUGUGCCUUCAGGAAAGGGAAAAAGCUCACAGGGAGUCUGUCAGCAGUUUUUACACCUCAAAACUGCUGACAGCAUUAAACAAGUGACGGGGGAGUAGUGUAUACAUAUCUAGGGGGGUUAAUCAUGUAGGUUACUUAACCGAGAAAUCCAAGUUUUUAUCCGCCCGGUGGUUCCUUCAUGUGCAGUGUGGUUCUCCGCAGCCCCUCCCCUCUACUGAGUGACAGCUCUGGUGCCCAAUCAGGAGAUCACUACAGUCGUCACUCUACGGGGAGGGAUUGGGGAGAGUUCACUUGUGACUGUGGCAUCGAGGAGUUAAAACUGGGAUUUCUCAGUCAUGCACCCUGCAUGAGCAUCACACUAGAUAUGUUAAAGAGCAUCUGUCAGCAGUUUUGUACCUAUGACACUGGCUGACCUGUUACAUGUGCGCUUGGCAGCUGAAGACAUCUGUGUUGGUCCCAUGUCCAUAUGUGCCCGCAUUGCUGACAAAAAUGAUGUUUUAUUAUUUGCAAAUGAGCCGCUAGGAGCAACUGGGGCGUUGCGAUUACACCUAGAGGCUCUGCUCUCUCUGCAACUGCUGCGCCCUCAUAGGUACAAAUCUGCUGACAGAUGCCCUUUCACACUGCUCCUCCCAUCACCUAUAUAGCACUGACAGCAGUUUUUAAAGCUCAAAACUGCUUACGGACUCUUUUUAAAGAGGACCUGUCGCCUCCCCUGACAAGUCUAUUUUAGCAAAUACUUCUGUUCCACAUAAUAUAACAAUUCUGGAACAUCCGUUGUGCCGUUCCUCUGUUUUCACCCCGUGUAAAUGUAAGAAUAAAUCGACAUCUGGGUCUUACCAUUCCCUUUGCCAAGGGGUAGUGUUUCUACACAGUCUGGCACUGUUCACACUGACUGGAUCGUGUCAAACUGUGUAGGGACACGUCUCCAACUUGUAACACCCAGUUGUCAAAUUAUUCCUACAUUUUCAGGAGGAAUAACAGAGGGGCGGCACUAUGCAGAGCUCUAAGAAAAGCUGAUCCAGAAUUGUUAUAUUAUGAAGAAUUAAAGGCAUUCAGUAAAUGUCAGGAGAGGUGACAGGUCCGCUUUUAAUAAGGACAUGUUCUGGUACCGACUGAAUCCCACGUUUCCGGGCGUUUACGUGCAGCUGUAGACUGAGUGAUAGGUUGUUUUUUUUAAGCUUUGUGCCCAUUUAGAGCUGUAAAUGGGGGAUUUAAAUUGCGUUUUAUAUCUGGAUAUUUUUAAUAUCUAAUUAUUUUUCCGUCUGAUCUGCUGUGUUCCAGUAAUACAGUCUCUUCUAUGACGAGCAGGCCAUGUGGAUGGCACAUGGCGGCAACAGACAUAUAUAGAUAUAUAUAUAUAUAUAUAUAUUAUAUUCUUACCGAGGACACCUUAUGUUGUGUUAACCCUUUAUACCACUUGUGCCUUUAUCUUGUAUUCAGUUAAACAGAAAACCUGCAAUGUACUUUGCAUAUGAAACAUCCAUUUCAGUAGCCAUCUUUAUGUACGUUCAUUUUUUCUUUUUUUUUUCUUUUCUUUUUUUCUUUUUUUUUACGGCUCUGACGUGGGCCGUAGAGAAUACACUACAGUACAUACGUGUAUACGCCUGUAUCGUGCUGACAAAUCAUCUUGAAGGUAGAAUAAUUGUAUCCCAUAUUUAUGCCCAGUCCUAAUCAUAUCACAUUUAUUCCGAAAUAAAAGGGAGGUGACCAAAAAAAAAAAA